AUGGCCACCAUCAGGAUACUCCUUCCACUCAACAUCAAACCCCAAAUAUUCACGCAACGCGGUGACCAGUUUAACCCCGUGCAUCACAGGCACGACUCCAUCGUCCCGGUGUAUCGGCACAGCACGGAGCGCAGCCAAAUCCACCGCGUCACCGGCCUGUCCAUCAGCAAACAACUCAGCAGCCAUCCGCACACACACUUCCGCAAGCCCACCACCACCACCACCCACACUCAAACUCUCCUCCCCCUCCCCCAUCACCAAAGACCUGAGCGGCAUCCAACCGCACAGUCCCACCAACCCGGCGAACCCACCCCUCCCAUCGGCCAGCAGCGCCGCGAGGACGACCGCCAGGCCCUGGCUGAUGCCGCACAGAAACACCCUCUCCCUCGGGACCAACCUCUCCUCCGCCUCGACGCAGUCCCUAACCCGGCGGACGCUCUCGCGCAGGCCGACCAGCUGCUGCUGCUCCCCGCAGAGUUGGUGCGGGUCCUGGGUCGAGUGCAUGUCGAACCACUGCGUCAGCUCGACGCCGCCGAACCGGGCCGACGGAAGGCUCGGUGCCUGGGGAAAGACCCACCGGAUGCCGGCGGGGAGGGCGUUUCUGAUGGGGAUGAGGGCGGUGGGCGGUGGUGGUGA